CGAAGUUUACCCACCUCUAGUCGGAUCGGGUCGAAGUGUAAAGCGAAGAAAAUCGGUGUGAAUUAAAUUAUUCGCUGUAAUGUGAUAAAAAAUAAGUCGAACGGUUGCGAGUGCUCGUGACAAUCGCGCAAAUGUACGGCAGUGUCCCAAAACUGAAAGACCUUGAACCGAAAUUGGAGACCAAAACAAAAGUGACGUCAUAAUGGUGCUAUUUAUGUAUUUGUAUAUCGCCUGCGCCAAAAGUGAACUGAUAAACAUGACACAAUAAAUUAGGAGAACCAAUCAACGACGAUCGAAAAAACGGUCUAAUUUUUAUACAAACCUCAACACCCCCCGAAGAUAUUCAAAUUAAAGAAUCCCUGACGAUCUGCACCCGCUAAAAUGGCCAGCGUCUGGAAGAGAUUGCAGCGCAACUUCAAGCGCGCUGCCAAAUUCCAGUUCACUGCGUCGUACCACGAUCUGCAUCUGGAAACCACCGCCAAGUGGCGUCCAUCGAACCUCUCGGUCGUUUGGACCAGGAGAUCUAGGCGAGUGACCAGUGCUCCGUUGCCAUGGGAGCCGGACAUGAUGAACCCCCUGGUGGGCAAUAUUUCCUGGCCAGUGCCCGACAAUCACACCAUAUCGGUCACCCUGUUCAAGGAUCCCCGGACGCACGAGCUGGAGGACAAGGACUGGACGUUCGUCAUCGAAGAUGUUACCCCAAUGGGUAAGAAACGUGUGCUGGCCAAUGCCAGCAUCAAUAUGAGGAAGUAUGCCAGCAUUGAAUCCACUCAGCAGAGCUUUACAUUGAGUUUAAAGCCAGUCUCGAAGAAGAUUACUGCAGCCAGUUUGGAACUCACGAUUAGCUGUGUGUUUUUAAGGGAGGGAAAGGCCACGGAUGAGGACAUGCAGAGCGUGGUCUCCAUGAUGUCCGUUAACAACAAUGAUGUGGCCCCAUUGGACGACCUGGAGGACAUACCCGAUCUGGACAAUUUUAGUGAAAUUACAGACAAUUUAUAUGACUUUACCCAGCAACUGGAGCAGAUGACAACUAGCCUGAAUGGCUGCAUUGAUGUGGCCACACCUCAAAGUGUACCUUCGUUAUCUGAAGAUCCAACUCCGUUGGCCGAGUCAUUUAAUCAAUUGCAUUUUGAACUAGACGCCGACGGCGAGCGAGAAGCUGCAAACAAGCUAGACUUGCCCACAGCUGCAUCCGGUGGUUCUAGUGGCGCCAGUGGUGCCAGUGGUGCUGAUGAACUCCUAAAAACUCCCAAUGGACUGCAGCCCUUGGUGGACAGUACGCCGGUUAAGUCGCCAGCAGAAAUAAAGCAGACGAAACAGACACCUGUGGAGCCGUUGAGAUCGAAAACCAGCGAGGUCUUUGCCAAAAUGGUAACCUCCACGCCACUUGAACCCAAGCUAAACAAGGAGGAUCUGAAGCCAAAAAAGAAAAGGGCUCUUUUUUUCACCGAGAAGGCGGAUGAUGAUAAUGUUAGGGUGGAAAGUAGUCUCAAGGAGGAUACCACCAAGAGUUUGGCCAGCAACAAUAGCACUUCGAAGGAAAAGCCCAAGGAGGAGAGUCGUUCCAAUAAGGAAACGCCCUCAUCUGUGGUGGUGACUCCUUCGAUUGCCAAGCGCCCCGAGCUGCAGCCCCUGAACCUAAAGAAGAGCUACGAACCCUCACCCACACCUGCACCUGCAGCCGCACCCGCAUCUGUGAUAAACGAAUCGAUAGGAUCACAGUCGGUGGGUUUCAGUACCUCUGGAUCGAUGAACAACAGCCUGAAGCCCGUGGAGAAGAUCGUGUUGAAGGAGAACACACCCGGCCAGGAUCUGCUGGAGUGGUGCAAGGAAGUUACCAAAGACUACCCCAAUGUUAAGGUCACCAAUCUGACGACCAGCUGGCGCAAUGGCAUGGCCUUCUGCGCUAUAAUUCACCACUUUGUGCCGGAGCUCAUUGACAUGUCUAAAUUAAGUGCCCAUGAAGUAGUUGGCAACUGUCGCAUUGCCUUUGAUGCAGCCGAAUCGUUGGGAAUACCAAGAGUGAUUGAACCGAGGGACAUGAAUCUGCUGACAGUACCAGACAAGUUGGCCGUGAUGACUUAUUUGCACCAGUUGAGAGCUCAUUUCACUGGCAAGCAGCUGAAGAUCGAGCAAAUUGGCUCGACGGCAGAUGAAUCGAGUUAUGUGAUUGGAAACUACAUGUCGGACAACAUGUCACAGAAUCGCAUCAAUUUCUCGCACCCCAAGACGCUGUUGCUGCACCAGAACUCCUUCGACGAGGAGACUUAUGGGCAUGGGCAGAACAAAGCAGAGCAAUUGUCGCCCACAAGCAAAAAGGAUGUGAAGAACCUGAUUCUGUACAACUCGAAGAACAUACUGGACAAGGUGCUGUCGCCCACCAAGGACAAGAACUCGAUUAAUGCUUCGCAGCACGCCAACCAGUCGUCGCCGCCGCCGCCGCCGCAGGAGGAGACCGUGGACGAAGGUGCUCAACCGGGUGGCAAGGAAAACAGCUCUCUAACCGUCAUUGCCAAUCCGGCGACCAGUCGAAUUUUAACGCGCCACAAGCUGAUGAGCGAAAAAGCCAAGCUGAUGAUAGAAAAGCUUAAGCUUCACAAUACCAGCGACGCAAAUGACGAGGAGCGGCAGCAGCGGCUGCUGGAACAGGCUCGCCGCCUCAUCCUGGAGACCCGCGUGAAGAGCGGCGGCUCCAUUGAGAGUCCCACCAGCCCAACCAGACCCAAACUAGAGCGCACCAUCUCGCCGAUCCACAAUGGAGCCGAGGAGUUUUACGCGGAGCACGCCAAGGAGUCGGUCAGUCCUAGUCAUAGGUUAAGUGAUCCAAAGGGCCUGGGACUAAAUGGAAGCUCCCUGCAGUCGUUCAACGCGAUUGUGGACCGCAUCUCACCAAAGCAGGAGAAGAGGGGCGACAAGCUGUCCUACAUUGAGUCCGAGCUGGAGGCCCUCGAGCGGGAACAGGAGGCCAUUGACCAGAAGGCCAGCAGCCUGGAGGCCAAGCUGCGCGCCGUCAUGGGCGGCAAUCCAAGUAAUAAUCGAAGGGGUGGCGCCAGAAAUGGCAAUUCCUUCCUUAGGCUAAUCCGAAAUAGUAUUGGUGGUGGUGAUGUGAUACGUAUUAAGCUGCUCCACUCGGACGACGAGAGUCUGUUCGGUGGAGGUGGUGGUGGUGGAAGUGGAGGUGCUGGUAGUGGAGGCGGUGGCAGCGAGGACGAUGACCGGGAUACGUCCAGCGAUGAUAGCGAUGCCUGCAACUCCGGCGACGAGUUGCACACGCGGCUGCGACCCCGACCCCGCUCCCAGUCGUGUUUUGUUAAUGUGAACAAGGGCCAUCCAUCGACCAUGAAUACCACACCCUCUCAUCUGCGCCCGCAUCAUGUGCAUCACGUUGUGCCCUACACCCAGCUACACAUGCUAGACAGCUCCCCGUCGGCGCUCUCCUCGCAGCAGUCCUCCUGCGACAACCUGCCCGCGUGCAGCGACGAUGACGAGCUGCUUGCCCUGGCGGCCACCACCGGCCGAGCGGCCUCUAUGCGGCGGCAGCAGGAUCGCCAUCACAGGCGACGCCGUCAGCGGCGGGAGCGGAGCUCCCAUUUAUGUCACACCCCCAAUCAUUGUGAGACCGAGGAAACGGAGGAGCAACUGCUAUCGCAAUGGUUCACGCUGGUCAACAAGAAAAACGCGCUUCUCCGGCGACAAAUGCAACUGAACAUACUCGAGCAAGAGAAAGAUCUGGAGCGAAAGUAUACAAUGCUCAAUCAGGAGCUGCGGGCGGCGCAAUCUGUGGAGGAUUGGCGGAAGACGGAGGUGCAACGGGAAAAGGAGCGGCUGCUGCUCGAGGAGCUGAUGACGAUUGUCGACAAGCGAGACCAGUUGGUUCAGCAUCUGCACAACCAGGAGAUAGCGAUCGAAGAUGACCAGGAGAUUGCGAGAAAACUGGAGCAUGUGGACAUAAGCGGUGAAAAAGACAAAUGUGUUCUUCAAUAGAAAACGAAAUUAACCAAACAUGACUGGAGAUUAUACUUACACAAACUCAAUCUUAUCUAUGUAACUAGCUAGAUAACAACUAUGUUCAGUGACACGCAAUAAGGUCGCGUGGUUUUUGUGGUUUGGUGUCGCUUCUUAUGCAAUCGUUUUAUCCAACGACAACAACAGCAACAAAUAUUUGGACCACUUGGCAUGGUUAUAAACAAACAAAAAAUGGUAUACUGUGAAACAAAACAAAUUGCUUUUGUAUUUAGGCAAGGCAAUGCAAAGAGAAUGAAGAAAACGUCCGUUAGUAAACUAAGCAACAAAAAUCGAGAGCACACACUUCGAAAGGGACAAUUUUUACACCUAUUUAUGAUAAUCAGAUAUGGGAACUCAUUUAAAUUGUAUUAUGUUAACUUCGUUUAACGUUUUGUUGUUGUGCCAUCUGAACCACACCUAAAGUAUAUCCUGAACGCAAGAAAAUAUGUGAAUUAAGGAAUUGAGGAGGCAAUUUUACAUUAGUUUAUACACUAGCAUUUAUCCCACAUAAACUAGAAACGCUUCAUCCAAAAAUACACAUAUAAACAUAUAAAUAUUUAUAAAUUACCUUACUAUCUUACCAUACUUAAUUUAGUUCCGUACUUUUGCUCUAAGUUAAGCAAAGAGCUUUAAUCAUUAUUUAAAGGUGGCUUAUAUACUUAUAUAAUACCAAUUUUAAUUUUACUUUGCCCCGGCGAAUGUAUAAAGAAAUGUUCAACCCAAGGAACCUAGCUAAUAAAGAAUGAACAAUGCUGAGUCAUCAGCAUCGAAUAAACCCAAAAACAAUUCUGCAAA